AUGGAUAAUAAGAGGACUACUCCCUUACCGUUUAGACUUGUUGGAAUGACUGAAGAGGAAUUGAUGAAUGAUAUGUAUGUUGAUAUUCCAAGUGAUGUGGAAUCUAUUAUAUCAGAAGUUUCUGAAAGCGAUAUUGAAGAGGAACCAAUAGCUAAAAGUAAUGAAAUUAUAAUAGAUGAAGAAUAUGAAUCGGAAUCUGAUCUUACUCUUGCUGAAUUAAUCCGUAGACAACCAGAAUUAACACACCAAGAAACACCUGUUUCUGACAUAUCCGUAAAGUGGGAUAAACAACAAAUUGUGGAAGAUAUUUAUCCGUUUGUUGAAAAUACUGGCCCCACUGAUUUUACAAAUUUGUAUGCUCAACAAGUCCAACAACGUAGUGGUAAAUCUUACAUUCCUACAACAAGAACAGAAAUACUAACAUUUCUUGGAAUAAAUAUUUUAAUGGGGAUAAAAGUUCUCCCUAGUUACAGGGAUUAUUGGAGCAGUGCUUCAGACUUGCAUGAUCCUUUCAUUAGCCAACUCAUGAAUGUGAAUCGUUUCAGUUGGCUGUUGGGUAACCAACAUCUCAACGAUAAUAAUAUGAUGCCAAAAAAGGGCAAAAUAGGUUUUGAUAAAUUAUAUAAGUUGAGACCUUUUUUGGAUGCUCUUGCAACAAAUUUUGAUAAAUAUUUUUUGCUAUCUGAGUACAUUGCUAUCGACGAGUCUAUGAUCAAAUUUAAAGGGCGAAGUAGCCUCAAGCAGUACCUUCCUAAAAAACCCAUAAAAAGAGGAUAUAAAGUUUGUACAGUCAAGCUGAUGGUAGAGUUAAAGGAAAAGAACAUCCAUGCAUGUGCAACUAUAAAUAAAAACAGGAAACAUUUGCCUACUUUUUUGUCAGAUAAGACUAUGAAAAGAGGGGACUACGACUACUACACAAGCAACCAAGGAUGCUACUGUAAAAAGGUACAAUGCGUGGACAAUGGUCACUUCUACAGAGACCCAAGGCGACCAGCUCACAAAAUGUGGACAGCGGACGAAUGCUCCAAGUAUUUUCUGUGUCUAGAGGGAGAGGUUUUCGAGUUCAGGUGUUCUGCGGGUCUUCUUUUCGACGUCAACAGACAGAUAUGUGACUUCAAAUUGAACGUGGACAACUGCGACAUCACAUCAGAAGUUAUAAUUCCAAAACCCCUACUAGAUAAAGCCCAAUGUCCUGAAAAGGAUCAACUGGGGUGCGCUGAUGGCACUUGCCUUCCACAAGACUAUUUCUGUGACGGUUCAUUGGAUUGUCCAGAUGGAAGCGAUGAAGGAUACUGCAAUGCAAACGAUGAUCCUAACGGAGCAACUCCUUGCAACUCUUCUUGUAUCUUGCCCAAUUGUUUCUGCUCUAAAGACGGUACCAAGAUCCCAGGGAAUCUACAUCCUUCCCAAGUACCCCAAAUGAUCGUCCUAACCUUUGACGACGCUGUAAACGAUGAAAACUGGGAACUUUACAGUAAAACUUUGUUUCCACCAGACCGCCAGAAUCCCAACGGUUGUCCCAUACGAAGCACAUUCUUCGUCAGCCACCAAUACAACAAUUACCAGUACACACAGAAGCUUUGGAACGACGGUCACGAGAUUGCAGUACAUUCCAUCACACAUAGGGGUCCUGAAGACUGGUGGUCAUUCAACGCAACCAUUGAGGACUGGUUCGACGAAAUGGUUGGUCAAGCGAAUAUCUUGAACAGGUUCUCUAGAAUCAAAAUGGAGGACGUACGGGGGCUAAGGGUGCCUUUCUUGAGGGUAGGGUGGAAUAGACAGUUCUUGAUGAUGAAAGAGUUCGGUUUCCUCUACGACAGUUCUAUGGUGGCCCCUUUUUCAAAUCCUCCUUUGUGGCCUUAUACCUUAGACCAUAAAAUGCCUCAUAAAUGUACAGGAAAUAAGCAACUGUGUCCCUCGAGAUCUUAUCCAGGAGUGUGGGAGCUACCUAUGAAUCAGUUAGAAGUUGGUGACUUUACUUGCGCAAUGGUAGACUCUUGUCCUCCAAAUCUAUCAGGAGAUGAUGUGUACAAAAUGCUCAUACACAACUUCAAGAGACAUUACUUGAGCAACAGGGCACCUUACGGGUUAUAUUUCCACUCCACCUGGUUCAAAAAGAGUGAAUAUCUCCACGCUUUUCAGAAUUUCACGCGAGACGUUCUACAACAGCAAGACGCCUGGUUUGUUACCAAUUGGCAGGCGCUGCAGUGGAUAAAGAAGCCGAAACCUUUGGACCAACUUCAGAACUUUGGACCCUGGGGUUGUAGGAAGAAGCUAGACAACUCAGAGGUGGCUUGCAGCAUUCCAAAUAUAUGCAAGCUGCACAGCAGGGUUUUUCAACAAGACAGAUACCUCUAUACGUGUACAAAGUGUCCACAGAAGUAUCCCUGGAUAAGAAACGAAUUUGGACUAGAUUGAGGAUAGUUUAGGAUGU